AUGGAAUAUAGGUUAUUGGGCAACACAGGCUUAAAAGUUUCUGCUAUUGGCCUAGGUAAUUGGUUAAAUUGUGAUAAUCCUGAUUGGCAAGAAAGAACUAAUGAGAUUGUGAAAAAAGCUUGGGACUUGGGUAUCAACUUCUUUGACACUGCUGAAGUCUAUGGAUUUGGUGAAGGAGAAAAGCAGUUUGGUAUUGCACUCAAAGCUUUGAAUAUCCCAAGAGAGGAACUUGUAAUUUCUACAAAAAUAUUCUGGGGAACUAUGUGGGAUGAUAGAGUUAGAGUUAAUUAACUUGGUUUAAAUAGAAAGCAUAUUAAGGAAGGAGUUAAGAACUCCCUUAAAAGACUUUAAUUAGACUAUGUUGAUAUUGUUUUUUGCCAUAGAUUCGAUCAUGAAACUCCUCUAGAAGAAGUCGCUCGCGCAUUCACUGAAUUAAUUUAAGAAGGCUACAUCCAUUAUUGGGGUACUUCUGAAUGGAGUGCUGCAAAUAUCUAUGAACUCAGAGAGGUAUGUGCUGAAUAGAAUUUGAUUAAACCUUCUGCUGAAUAACCUCAAUACAAUAUGUUUGUUAGGGAUAGAUUCGAAGCUGAAUAUGCUCGUCUUUUUGAUAAAGUAAGAAUGGGUUCUACUAUAUUCAGUCCUCUUCUUUGUGGUAUUCUUACUGGUAAGUAUAACUAAGGUGGUAUUCCUGAAGGCUCAAGAUGGUAAACAUUCUCUGAAAACUAAUUCCUCAAACAAAUAUGGAACAACUUCUUUACUCCUGAAAAGAAAGAUAAACUCAUUCAAAUACUAUAAAGUUUGGAAAAACUUGCUUAAGAAUUAGGCAUGAGUUAAUCUUAGCUUGCUAUGAGCUGGGUUAUUGCUAAUAAAGAUGUUUCUUCUGCUAUUACAGCAAGCUCAAAAAAAGAGCAAUUAGAAGAAAUUGUUAAGAGUGUAGAGUUAUACAAAAAGAUUACUCCUGAAAUUAGCAAAAGAAUUGAUGAAUUAAUAGGAAACUCUCCUGACUAAGGUCUUGACUUUAAGUAUUAUGCUCCAUUACCUAAAAGAAGAUGA